AUGGAAAUAUUUAAAUAUGAGCCGAACUGGAGUGCCAUUGAAAGAAGGCUGAAAAUGAGAAUAAAGAGCGAAGGCGUUGACAGCACUUCGCAGAAGAUACUAACUGCAAACACCCGUUUUUAUUAUAGAGAAGAAAGCAAGAACGAAAAACCAGAAGAACACCUCUGCACUAUCUGCAAGAAAGAGUCGCAUCUUCCAUCGCAGUGUCCAGAGAAGAAAGUGGAGCAGAAAGCAAAGGAAGAGCCUGCCCUCUACCAGCCAUCAUUUGUCUUCACGCCCACCAGUGUAAAAUUAUCAAACAUUCCGUUAGAAACAGAAAAGCACCAGAUAAGAGAGAUACUAAGAAACAACAACAUACACACCGACCACGUGCUAAUGGUCUACGACAAGAUCAAAAGAGAAGAGUUCAAGGGCAUAAUUUACAUGGAGCUGCCCACCCUAGAGCUAGCAGAGAAGUGCGUAGAUCUCUUCGACGGAAUGAAGAUGGGCGUGCAGAUAGUCAGUGCAACAACAGUUGAAAAUAGAAACAGACUGUAG